AUGUUAAGAUCAUUGGCUUCAAAGCAACCUGCUACGGUUGCUAGGGCAGGUACAGCAUUGCGUGUGUUUAAUGAAUCAAUUAUUUGCAGUAGAUACACUAAAGUAUCCUCGAGGUGUUUGAGUAACAACCCAGGGAAGGUGUUCACUAAAUUAACAGAUGACAACGAUCCUAAAAGAGAUGCUUUCUUUAAAUAUUCAUGGGGUUCUUGGAUAAUAAAUGAUAAAAUUGAAAAGGAAAGAAGAACAACUAAGUUUUCUAUUGAGGGUCUUAAUACAAUUUUAAAUGAUUUGUAUUCUCAAUCUCAAACAUUAGCCAAGACAAAGAAAAAAGAUGUUGUCGAACCUCCUUGCUAUAAUAAAAAUUUAACUGUUUCCUUACCUCAUAAUCUAUCUAUUGAGAACAUUGGUACUAUAAACCCAAAUGAAAAAGUUCAAAUAGUGAGUAUGGCUAGUUUACAUGAAGGCAAGCACCAUAGAAUCUACAAAAUCUCAACAAAUUUAGAUAAAUCCUUCAUAUUGAGAAUCCCAUAUCCUCUUGAGAAGGAACAUGUUAUUGCUGAAAGAAUAAAGAGUGAAGUUGCCACAAUGGAUUUUGUUGAUUUGAAGUUAGAUAUUAACACCCCGAAGGUUUUUAGUUUUGGUGUUAACAAACUAAAUCCUUUGAGACAGCCUUUCAUUUUACAAGAAUUUGUCGAUGGUACUUUAUUAAUGAGAGAUUGGAGUCCAUUGGCUAAUGACACCUCAGAAGGUAAACCAGAUGAUAAAUUAAAGGAUGUAGUCGGUCAAGUUUCCAAAUUUCACUCUAAGUUAAUUUCUACGAAAUUCAAUGGAUUUGGAUCGAUAUAUUUCACUAAGGAUGUGAAAGAAUCUGAAAACAAUGAAAAAGGAACACCAUUAUAUGAUAAUGAAAAGGAUGAAAGUCUGAGAGGCAGAUGGAAGUUAGGACCAAGUGUUGACAGAAGUUUAUGGAGGAGGAAGGAUUCAUUACCGGUGGAGGAACAUAAGAAGUUCACAGGUCCUUGGAGCGCUUCCUCUCCAUUAGAUGUCAUUAAAUCCAUAGGUUCCUUGGAGCUUGCCAAUGUUAAAGAGAAAUUAUUGUCGAAAGAAAAAAUAGAUGCAGCAGAAGAAGCUAUUUUAAAAGAGCAAGAAAGUACAUUCACCAAUUUCACCAAAAUCUCUACAAAAUUAAUAAAUGUAAAGACAAAAGCAAUUCCAAACAUCACCGAAUUGUUAGAACCAAGAAUGAACCACCCUGAUUUAGAUCCAAUGAAUGUCCUGAUCAAUGAUACCAAAGGUGCGUAUUUACUAGACUUUGAAGGUACUUCUUUAAAACCAUUGCUUUUCCAAAGUUCUCCACAAUUUAUGACAUACGAUGGUCCAAAGAUAUUUAAUCUAAAGAAAGAUAUCCCUGAAUUUGAUAAGUUGAAUGAAUCAGAGAAAGUUCAAUAUGAAUUCAUGUAUAAAAGAACACGUAACCAACAUCUCUGGGAGACAAAACUAUAUGAAAGACACCCUAAUUUGAUUUCCUCUGUAGCACCACCCAUCAAGAUGAUUAGAAAUCCGUAUACUUCCAUGAUUGAAAUGAAGACUAAGAAGGAUUAUUUAUUAGUUGAUGAAUCAUUGAUGCAAUUGAAAGAAAUAUGGGAUGUCUUAAGAAAAAACAAAUUAGUAGACGAUAUUGAAUUCCCAAUUGAUUACACUAAGGAACAAAUUGAGAAACAUGUUGAAGAUUUAAAUAAUUAUCAUGAAUCAUUACUUUCGAGGCCAUUUGCUGCGACACAAGGAUGGAUUCCUCAAGAUAUGUUUGAAACUCUGCUUAAAUCAAAGAUAAUAGUUAAACAAGCGAAUGGGGAUUACAAGGUCGAACAACCGACCCAAGCGACUAAAUAA